UUUCAAGUUUAUGAAUGCGAAUGUAGAAGGCAUCAUUUUGUCAUAAAGAUCUCCUUUUUAUAUGUAUAUCUCUUUACAGUGAUUCACAACAAGUACGAUGCGACCAAGUCCUCCACAUACAAGAAGAAUGGCACAAAGUUUGACAUCCAGUAUGGGUCUGGCUCCUUGUCAGGUUAUCUUUCUACAGACACUGUAGCGGUUGGAUCAGUGUCGGUCAAGGACCAGACUUUUGCUGAAGCCAUGAGUGAGCCAGGUUUGGCUUUUGUUGCUGCAAAGUUUGAUGGCAUUCUUGGCAUGGCCUAUGAUAGGAUUGCUGUUGAUGGAGUCACACCUGUUUUCUACAACAUGGUCAAUCAGAAUGUUGUGCCCGCUCCAGUUUUCAGCUUUUAUCUAAACAGGGAUCCUGCUGCUGCUGAAGGCGGAGAACUGAUUCUAGGUGGCUCUGAUCCAGCUUACUAUACAGGCGAUUUCACAUAUGUGCCUGUUGAUCGACAGGGUUACUGGCAGUUUAAGAUGGAGGGGCUUCAGAUGAAUGGAACAACAGUACCAUUCUGUGAUGGUGGUUGUGAGGCAAUUGCUGAUACUGGUACUUCCCUUAUUGCUGCUCCUUCCGAAGAGGCUCGUCUUAUUAACAAGAAGAUUGGUGCUAAGCCAAUUAUGGGUGGAGAAUGGUCAGUGGACUGCAACUUGAUUCCUCACCUGCCAACCAUCUCGUUUGUUCUUGCUGGGAAGCCAUUUACCCUGGAAGGAAAGGACUACAUUCUCAGGGUUAGUCAGUUUGGACAAACUACAUGCCUCUCUGGCUUCAUUGGCCUGGAUGUUCCUCCACCAAUGGGACCCAUUUGGAUUCUGGGAGACAUUUUCAUUGGUCGCUUCUACACAGAGUUUGACAUGGGCAACAAUCGUGUAGGUUUUGCAGAGAGCAAGUAAAAGAAAAAGGUUUUAAUGUCGAUGGAUGAAGUUGAAAUAAAUGCCAUAAUGGUAUAUGUUGCGGCAUUUAAAAGAAGAUACUUCUGAUUUAGUACAGAAAGAUAUAUUAGUUGAUUAAGAGUACAUCACUGUUAAUGAUAAUAGAAGGUUCAAACUUCUGUGAAGCGUAGUAGAGAAUUUUUUUCAGAUUUAUAUGAAAUGCAGUAUUUACAGUAAUGGCAAUUCUAGCUGUUCUUUUUUCAUGGGAGCCCCACAAUGUUACUGGUAAUUCUUAUUUUAAUAGGCUUGAUAUAAAACCUUAUGCUUGAAGAUGUGAAGACUUUUUCCAGGAAAAGAAAUGAUUUUCCUUUCUAAGUAAAGAGUGUGGUGAAUGGUUUCUUUUUCUUUGUUACAGUAAUAUUUAUACAAAUAAUCUGACCAAGGACCAUAUAUAGAAAUAAGUGUACAUCGUAAAAACUACUGUGAUAUGUACUGUAUUCAAUUUAUGAUGCAUGGGUAGUGUAAUGCUAACCUUUAAUGUUUCUUUUGCCCAGUAUUGAGGAAAUUUCAUUUUGUAUUAUAAUAUAUUUGUGCAAUCCAUGUAUAAUUGUUGGAAACCCACUGUUAGUGACAUUAGUGCCUGAACAUUACUAUUAAUAAUAAAGGUAAAUAUACAUAUAAUAACAUUUCAUUAAAGCAGAAGUCCUUAUGUGGAAUACCUUGGUGAAAGAAUUGGAUAUGUUUAAGGAAAAUGUUCUGUAAUGAGAUGGUUAAUUUCACUUAAAGAAUGUAAAAAAACAGCAAGGCAAUAACUGCAAUAAGUGUAUUAGAAUGUGAAUAUUUUGAGUAGUGAAGUUCACUUGCAGUGAAAUGCUCAGUAUCUCUGAUAAUCAUGUGUUAAUUUUUUGUCGAGUCCAACCACACAUAUUUCCUUGAAAGUUUGAAUUGACUUUGUUGAACAAAGCUUUACUGUGAUUGUUUAUUUGAAUAUUAAAUCUACCCAACAAUA